GUACCGCCCGAUCCCAACGGGGUCUUGACUGAGAGUCACGGCGCCAGGGAGUUGCUCGCGAAUGAUGCUCUCGUGAUAGUCAGGCAGAUAGAGAUGUUGAACGUAUUCAUGGGAUACGAGCAAGCAAAUAGAUACGCCAUACAUAACACCGCUGGAGAACUUGUCGGAUUCUUGGCCGAAGAGGAACAGUCAAUACUAGGUGUGCUGGCGAGGCAGACACUCCGUACGCAUCGGCCAUUCAAGGCUACAAUCAUGGACAAGGCGGGAAAUCCAGUUCUAUGGGUCAGGCGGCCGUUCCAGUUCAUCAACUCGAAAAUGUUCGUCCAUGCUGCGGAAGGUGCGGACAGCAGACUAGUGGGGGAGACGCAACAGGAAUGGCAUCCGUGGCGGAGACGGUACAAUGUGUUCCAGGCGAAGGAUGACGAGGCGUUCCGCCAGUUCGCAAGGAUAGAUUCGGGCUUCUUGGCGUGGGACUUCUGGUUGAAGGACAAAGACGACCGUCUAGUAGCAUCAAUCAACAGAAACUUUCGCGGAAUAGGUCGAGAGCUCUUCACUGAUACUGGACAAUACGUGAUUCGCUUCGACUCGGCUGGAACCGAGCUCGACUUGCCGCCAGGCGCAGAUGUUACUGUGCAGGGCCAAAGUCUCAUAAUGCCCGAAGCGACGGAAGGUGGAUUGACCUUAGAUCAACGGGCUAUGGCACUGGCAACGGCAGUAUCGAUUGACUUUGACUACUUCUCCCGGCACUCGGGAAGCGGCGGUUUCGGGUUCCCCUUCAUGAUGUGGGGCGGAGGCGACGGAUCCACCGAUAUCAACAAUGGCCGAGGGGACGGAACGCCUUCUGCGGGAGACAUGCCUGGUGGGCCGGGGCUCGGUGGCGCGGCGGGCGCAGCAGGUGCUGCUGGUGCUUUCGGGGGACGAGGUGGGAGCGAGGAUGAGCAGAUCUACGGCGGGCGUCAAGACCCAAGUCCGGACGUCCCGCGGGGGGCCGAGGAUGGAUUGGGUAUGAGAAGGCGAGAUGAUGGACAGGGCAUGGAGGGAUAUACAGAGGAUGAAGGAUGGGUCGGCGAUGCGGACGAGGAGGUCAUGCAGGAUCCAUGGGGCCAGCAAGGGGGCGGAGACGAUUCGGGGUGGUUUGGCGGUGGAGGCGGAGGAGGGGACGGCGGAGGAUGGGGUGAUUGGGGGAGCUAG